CCCGAUCCACCUUGUGGCAUGAAGAUCCUAUUCUCCGCAGUGUUCAAGCCUGGCACCGAGGCGCCCGGCAAGGACGGCCCUGUCAUGCUAUCGCAGGCCGCCGAGCUCUCCUCCCUCGGCUUCUUCCAGCGCAGUACCGCGAAGGAAGUCUUUGUCAUGUUCUCGCGGCAGUUUGCAAAGGCGUCCACGGAGCCAGGGCAGCGCUCGUCCGUCCGGAAGGACGGGUACAUGAGCCACGUGUACCACUCGCCCAUGGGCGUCGUCGCCGUCUGCUUCGCUGACGACGAGUACCCGCAGCGUGUCGCCUUUGGCUACUUGUCAAAGGAGCUGCUGGUUAAGUUCCAGGACCCGGGGCAGGCGGACCAGCUGACGCAGAUCAUGGCAGAGCUGGAGAAGACCAAGUUGGUGCUCCACGAGACCAUCGAGGCGGCGCUGGAGAGAGGGUGUAAGAUCGAGACGCUCAUCAACAAGUCCAACGACCUGUCGGGCUCGUCGAAGAUGUUCUUCAAGACGGCCAAGAAGCAGAACCAGUGCUGCACCUUCAUGUAGCCCCAGAGGAGGAGGGCGGGGCGCGGCGGCGGCCCCAUGCCCAGGGCCUGGACUAGCCGGGGCUGGCCGGGUGUCGGGACGACACGUCACACGAGGAGGACGCCCUUACUUAGCAGUGGGUGGGGGCAAGGCGCAGAGGGUGCGCGCGCGGCGCGAGAGGUACGUGGCGAGACGAGAGAGAGUGUCUGGUGUGGGUGGAGGUCGCCACGCGUGUGCUUCAUACUAUGUGGGGAAAAGUCGGCAUCGCCACAGUGCACAGAUAUGAUGGAGAUAUUCGUAUUUGGCAGCACAG